UCGUGAUAAGUCGAUCGGUUCGUUCGGUGUCGUUGAUCAGCAGUGAAGUUGUGCCAACAUGUAUGACGAAGACGCGGGAGCGCUAGUCGUUGACAAUGGGUCGGGAAUGUGCAAGGCCGGUUUCGCUGGAGAUGAUGCUCCGCGUGCCGUCUUUCCAUCGAUCGUGGGUCGUCCGCGUCACCAGGGUGUAAUGGUCGGCAUGGGUCAGAAAGACUCGUACGUCGGUGAUGAGGCCCAAUCCAAGCGUGGUAUUCUUACGCUGAAGUACCCGAUCGAGCACGGCAUCAUUACGAACUGGGAUGAUAUGGAGAAGAUCUGGCACCACACCUUCUACAACGAGCUGCGUGUUGCUCCGGAAGAACAUCCGAUUCUUCUGACGGAAGCCCCACUCAAUCCGAAAGCGAACCGUGAACGUAUGGCACAGAUCAUGUUCGAGACGUUUAACGCACCCGCUAUGUACGUCGCCAUCCAGGCCGUGCUGUCCCUGUACGCUUCCGGUCGUACCACCGGUAUUGUGUCGGAUUCGGGCGAUGGCGUUUCGCACACUGUGCCCAUCUUUGAAGGUUAUGCUCUGCCCCACGCUAUCCUGCGCUUGGAUAUGGCUGGCCGCGAUCUGACCGAUUAUCUGAUGAAGAUUAUGACCGAGCGUGGAUAUGCCUUUACCACCUCCGCCGAGCGUGAGAUCGUGCGUGACAUCAAGGAGAAGCUGUGCUACGUUGCGCUGGACUUUGAUCAGGAAAUGGUGACCGCUUCGGCUUCGUCUUCGCUGGAGAAGUCGUACGAACUUCCUGAUGGACAGGUUAUUACGGUAGGCAAUGAGCGUUUCCGUGCUCCGGAAGCUCUGUUCCAGCCGUCGCUGUUGGGUAUGGAAACGGCGGGAGUACACGAGACGGUGUACAAUGCGAUCAUGCGCUGUGAUGUUGACAUCCGUAAGGAUCUGUACGCGAACACUGUCCUGUCCGGUGGUACCACCAUGUACCCAGGUAUUGCUGAUCGUAUGCAGAAGGAAAUUACAGCUCUUGCUCCACCAACCAUCAAGAUCAAGAUCAUCGCUCCUCCGGAGCGCAAAUACUCCGUCUGGAUCGGUGGAUCCAUCCUGGCCUCCCUGUCCACCUUCCAGUCGAUGUGGAUCUCGAAGCAGGAGUACGACGAAUGUGGACCAACUGUUGUCCACCGCAAGUGCUUCUAAGCAGCUGACGACACCAAAAACCGUAUUGU